AUGUUAACAUUAAGCCCAAUUGUUUCAAUUGCGCGUGUAUUUUUUUCUAUAUCGGGUUACAUCGAUUUUCACCCUCCUUCUCCAAUCUCCAGCUUGACAAUGCCUCGCUUUGAUGAUCGCUAUGGAAGCACUCGCCUCUAUGUUGGCCGGUUAUCAUCUAGAACUCGCACCAGAGACCUUGAACAUCUUUUCAGCAGAUACGGAAGAGUACGUGAUGUGGAUAUGAAGCGCGAUUACGCCUUUGUUGAAUUUAGCGAUGCUCGUGAUGCUGAUGAUGCAAGAUACUACUUAGAUGGGCGUGAUUUCGAUGGAAGUCGCAUCACUGUGGAGGUCUCAAGAGGGGCGCCUCGUGGUUCUCGUGAUUCUCGUGACGGUAGCAGAGGAGGUCCACCUCCUGGUUCUGGUCGCUGUUUCAACUGUGGUGUUGAUGGUCAUUGGGCUAGAGACUGCACUGCAGGAGACUGGAAGAACAAAUGUUACCGCUGUGGUGAAAGAGGACACAUUGAGAGGAACUGCAAAAACAGUCCUAGUCCAAAGAAGGCCAGAGGUGGAAGCUACUCCAGGUCACCAGUUAAAUCCCGCUCCCCUCGCCGCAGAAGAAGCCCAAGCCGUAGCCGUAGUUACAGCCGUGGUCGUAGCUACAGUCGAUCAAGAUCCCCAGUGAGAAGAGAGAGAAGCGUGGAGGAUAGAUCACGCAGUCCUAAGGCUAUGGAGAGAUCCGUAUCUCCCAAGGGCAAAGAUAGAAGCCUGUCUCCAGAGCGUAGAGUGGUGGAUGCGAGCCCAAACCGUGAUAUGCAAGAGGGAUCAGACUAUGAUCGUAGCCCAAAAGUGAAGGAUAAUGGGAGGAGGUCUGUGAGUCCCAUUGUGGGAGGUGGAGAGAGUCCUGUUGGACUUAAUGGUCCAGACAGGAGCCCCAUUGACGACGAGCGUCGUUCUCCUAAAGGCAGCGAGUCUCCUUGA